UAUAUUUUAUCUAUCUCAUAUCUCUCUCUCCCACUCAAAACACAACAUGUUACCACUUUGUUCUUCCUCAACAUCCAUGGCUAAGCCUUCCCUCACUCUCCCAACCAAUUCUUUGUCCACCCUUCCUCACCUUCCAUCUUUCCAAAACACUUCACCACUUCCUUCAACCCCAUUCAAUUCUCAAUUUCUUGGUCUCAAGUUAUCUCAUUCUUCCAUUUCCAAAACACCUUCUUCUUUACCUUCAACUUCUUCAUUCAAACGAGUCUCCAUUUUUGCCAAGGUGACUAAAGGUACAAAGCCACCGCCUUUCACACUGAAAGACCAGGAUGGUAAGACUGUGAGUCUUGACAAGUUCAAAGGAAAACCUCUUGUUCUCUAUUUCUACCCUGCUGACGAGACCCCUGGCUGUACUAAACAGGCCUGCGCUUUUAGGGAUUCAUAUGAGAAGUUCAAGAAAGCAGGAGCACAGGUUGUUGGGAUUAGUGGCGACGAUUCUGCAUCUCACAAGGCAUUUGCCACGAAGUACAGACUUCCAUUUACCUUGUUGAGUGAUCAGGGUAACAAGGUAAGGAAAGAGUGGGGAGUGCCUGGCGAUUUCUUUGGAUCAUUGCCUGGGAGAGAGACUUAUGUUAUUGACAAAAAUGGUGUGGUUCAGCUUGUAUACAACAACCAGUUCCAACCAGAAAAGCAUAUUGAUGAGACCUUGAAACUACUUCAAAGCCUUUAAAGCUUUUGUAUCCUUUUUGCCUUAAUUCAAGUAUGUAACUAUGAAUGUAUGUAACCAUUGUAAUUAAGUAGCUGAUUUUGAACACUUUGGUCACAUGUAAGUGAUAAAAAUAAUAUUUCUUCUCCUAUAGAGAAACAAACAAUUGUAAUGUUUUACAAUGGAAAUAAUACCUUCAACUGUCAAA